UAGUGUAAAUACAUUUUUUUCUUCUUUGAGUUUUCCAGGUUAGAUUCUAUAACAGUGUCAUCUUCCUAUUCAAAGACUAAAACUGCACGUAGGUGUCAUGGGACUCAGGUAAUUGGUACCUAUUUUAUAGAUCUUCGGGUAAUUUCUAAUAUUCAAACCCAGAAAAUGAAAACGAUGAACCAUUCAACAUUCAAGCAUGGAUUUAAAACAUAACUACAUCAUUAAAUAUUCUUAAUUGUAAAAUUUAUGGAAAAAUCAAUUUGUAAUCUGGCUAAUAUUUAAUAUGACAACAUACAAUAACAUAGAAGUAGACUUUAGAAAACAUGAGACUUGUCAUUUUGAAAUUGACAGGUGUUGUCCAGUUUUGUAUUUUUCAAAGUUCUAUUUCUCCAUUGUGAUUUUUCCAUGAAAAUGGGAUUUUAUGAUGCAAUAAAUUAUGUAGUAUACGAUAAUCCGGUCUCGAAAUCAGCUAUAUCCAUGGUGACUGGUAAGAAGUCAUCCAUUCCUCCAAUUCCUUCAGUGACAGUUAUCACUGAAAAAACUCCACUAUGGAAAUUAGCUACAGAAGGAGGCCCUUUCAUUAGAAUCGCUGGGGUUAUGGGGGCCUCGGCUGUAAUAUUAGGUGCAUAUGGUGCUCAUAAGGCUUAUCCUAAAGACAAAGUUCAGGAACUUAAGCAAAUCUAUGAGACAGCCAAUAGAUUCCACUUUUUCCAUAGCUUGGCUCUCUUAGGAGUUCCAAUGUGUAAAAAUCCAAAAGUGACUGGAAGCUUGUUUAUCACAGGAACAAUUCUGUUCAGUGGAGCAUGUUAUUACCGUGCUUUCACUGGUAAUGAUAAAUUGGGAAGAUUAGCACCAAUUGGAGGAACAAUACUAAUUCUUGGAUGGCUCUCCAUGUUUCAAAGGUCCCUUAAAUUUGUUAUGACACUAGGUCCAAUUUUACAAGAGUUAUUUUUGAAAUGGAGUACACUUACAACAAAGGAGCACAUUUUACUGAAUUAUAUUGCUUUUUAUGUGAUUGAUAAAAGUGAAAUAGAUUUAUAUGCUCCUGUUAUACAAGGAUUUGGUUACUGGAACAAUAUACAGGAUACAGAAGGUGCAUGUGGUUUUCAUGAAAAUCCACUAGAAUUCAAAUUUGACCAUGAUGAAGAGAAACGGCUUUUUCAGCUCAUCUUAUUCAUUGAUAACUUGAUUGAUAACAUUCUAGUGAGACCAGCACUUUGUGAAGAAAUAAAGAAAUUCAGAGAUUCACAAAAAAACAAAGUUGUAUCAAGCAUGUUUUGCAGUGGACAAGGAGAUAAUUUUUGAUUUUCCUGCAGGUAUAUUUUAUACAUUAAUUAUUUAUAUAUACAUAAUAUUCAUUAUAUUGAAUAUAUCA